UCUCUCUCUCUCUCUCUCUCCUUCUCUUCUUCUGUGGGAAAUGAAAAAGUAAAAACCCUAUUAUAGGUGGGCGUUGCUUCCGUUUCUGUGUCUCGAGUCGAGCUUGGAAUUGAGCUUUCAUGGCGACGGCGGCAGGAGGGUACGAAGGAGGAGCAGGUGGGAAAUUCCGGAAGAAGCCGUUUCGGAGAGUCGCGUCGACGCCUUACGAUAGGCCGGCGAGCGCUGUCCGGAACCCCAUAGACGCGGGGAGAAGAGGGUGGCUGUCGAAGCUUGUCGAUCCAGCUUCGAGGAUUAUCACGAAAAGUGCGCAGUUAUUCUUCUCGUCCGUGUUCCGCAAGGGUCUUCCUGCUCCGCUGCCCGUUUCUGAGGCAAACCAGGAAUUGAGGCAUGAGACUCCUGAAAUUCAUCCUCCUCCUGGUGCACAAGAAGUUAGCAAUGAAGGUGACAUCCCAAGUAAUGGUUCUGACAAUAAUGGGAUUAAUGAACUUGAGAAAAUUCUGAAGCAGAAGACAUUUACCAGAGAUGAGAUAAAUCGCCUGAUGGAAUUACUGAACUCAAGAACUGUUGAUGUAACUGUAAGGGAUGAGGAGAAGAGGCCUGUGUCAAAAAUCACAGAGCCGGUUCCAGUGCAUGACAAUCUGGAACCUGUUCCAGGGCAAGCAAACAAAGCAGAGAGCCAGAGAUUACUCAGAGGCAUUUCAACUCCAAUCAUCAACUCAAGUGUAGGGAAACAGAUCCUCGAAGAGGAUGUUGCUUCACCAGCAGAACUAGCAAAAGCCUACAUGGGCAAUACGGCUUCAAAGGUGUCAACUUUGGGCUUGUAUAGUCAGGCACUUCAGGAGGAUGCUGCUUUAAUAAGUAAUAUGCCAUUUCCUCAAAGAUCACCGGGAAUGUCGAUUAGACCUAGGUUAGAUGUCCGCCUUGCUGGCAGUUCUGGAGUCUCUCAAAAUGGCUAUCUGACUCCAAGACCUCGAGGCAGAUCUGCAAUAUACAGUAUGGCUUGUAGUCCAUAUUCAAGAGUUCAUUCUUCUGCAUCACUCAAGGGUGUGGAGUCCACAGUUGAUGGGUAUAUUGAUCCCUCAACUUCAUCUCAACGGAUAUGGGAUAAUGGCACCCUUUAUAGUGGUAAACAGGUAUCUAAGCGAAGAAGUUCAGUUUUAGACAAUGAUAUUGGAUCUGUUGGCCCUAUUCGUCGGAUACGCCAGAAAACUAAUCUGAUGACACCUUCAAAAAGCAUGGGCUUAUCAGUUCCUGAAAAUGCACUUCCAUUGGAAAAGCCUAAACAUGGCAUCCUAAGCAUGGAGCAUGCAGAAAAUGGGGAUAGUAUUUCCGGCACAAGUUUGGCCCUUGUCCCAUCCCAGUCCAGUGAGAUGGCCCAAAAAAUUUUUGAGAAGAUUGAUAAGUUAGUACCUUCUCGUAAAGAGAGAUCAUCUGAGCUCAAGCUAGCUAUUUCCAAGGAUAAAGCCCCCACUAAAUUGACACUUGAUAUGUUACAUGGACAAGCUCUGAGAAGCAUGGAUGAUGUAGGUUCAUCAAAGUUGCUACCUAGCAUAGAAGGAACUGUUACUUCAGAUUGUUGGGUUGGUUCCCAACAAACAUUUUGUCAAGAUUCUACUUCUCAAAAGCUUAACAAGGUUGAAGAAAAUGGACCAAGGGAGACUGCGGACAAAUUGGCUCCUAAAGCUAAUGGUGCAGUAACAUCAGCAUUUAUUAAAGAUGUACCUAGUUUUAAAGCUAUGGAUUCAAUAAAGCCCAACUUUGUUGUAAAUCCUCCACAAAUGAGGCAAGCUUUCAAAAUGAGUGCUCAUGAGGAUUUCGUGGAGUUGGAUGAUGAUAGCGAUGAUAUGAGGGAUUCAUCUAUAUUAUUGGCUUCUGAAAAAGAAAAGUCAGACACACCCAUUAAGGAGAUGAAAGCAACAUCUGUUGAAACAGAAACUGUAGAGAAGUCUGUAGUUCCUUCUUCUGAAGCCAAGCUCCUUGAGGAUUCUGACACCAGAGGUACUGAUACAGCGGCUUCUGAUGGGCCCACACUUCCUGACAAGACUAACUUUACUGCAUCUGUCACAUCACCACCCAUCACAAUUGCUCAGGCAGCAACAGUCACUCCUCCGUUGCCACCAUUGUUUAAUAACACAGCUCCACCAAAGGAACCACCCUCUGCUCCUAUCUUCAGCUUUGGCUCUAAAGAUGUUGAUAAACCAUUUUCUUUUACACCUUCUUCAGUUCCCUCUAGCUCUAGUGAAUUAUCAGGCCUCAAAUUUGGAGCCCAGCAAGGUUUGAGGCUGGAGACCUUUAGCAGUCCUGCUACUUUGUCUUCUACAACAACAGAAGUUGUUCCAAAAACCGGAGAUUCAGAUAAAGCUGGUAAUGGUCAGAAGGUUGCUGAUUCAUAUAGAAAAUCUGAACCUUCUAUUUCUUCUGGACCUGCAACAGAAAAUGUUCCAAAAACUGGAGACUCAGAUAAAGCUGGUAAUAGCCAGAAGGGUGUAGAUAUUUCUUCUGGUGCAUCAACAUCAGCUUUGCCAAUUUUCUCUUUUGGUACCUCUAAUAACAAUUCAGGGCUAAGCAAUGGGUCAGUUGCUUCAACCUCUUUCAUAUUCUCAUCUUCUUCUGCUCCUUCACUGCCUGUUCCUAGUAGUUCUAUGAGCUUGAUGUUCACCACUAGCUCAACAUCUGUUACUUCGACCACCAACAGUACAACUUUGUUUGCUGCCACCAGUCCAUCUAUCUCUGCAGCAACCCCUUCUUUUGCUGUUGCACCUGUAUUUCAGUUUGGAUCCAGCACAUCAGCAGCAGUUGCUCCAUCAAAUUCAGUUUUACCACCAUCAACUUCUGGCACUGAGUGCACAAGUUUGGAGCCGAAGAUCAAGCAGGCAUCACCUUUUGGAAGUCUAACAGGUUCUUCUUUUGGAACAUCAUCAUCAUUUACAGGCAGCAGCAGUGGCAACAUCUUUGCUUUUGGUGCUUCAGCUACAUCUAGUACUACAAAUGCUGCUUCAUCUUCCAGUACCCAAUCUCAGAGCUGUAACAUUUUUAAUGCUGCUACUGGUACUGGAUCUCAGUUUGGUGUUCAGGUAGCAUCUGGUGAAACUGGGGCUUCACCUUUUACACAGAGUGUUCCAAGUCAUUUUGGUUCAUCUUCCUCAUCUCCGACAUUUGGUUUGAGUGGGUCUUCUGCUUUCAGCUCUGGCAGUCCUGUUUUUGGCUCAACUCCUGCUAAAUUGUUUGAUUCAAGUACUGCCUUUGGACAAAGUGCUUCAACUACUGUAAGCUCUAGUAGUGGUGCUUCUGGUAUAUUUGGUUCCACUUUACAGGGAUCAACUUCAUCCAUAUUUGGUUCUUCCUUCAGUUCUACGUCUUCCUCAGUGGCGGGAUUUUCAUUUGGAGUGUCUUCAGGUGCUGCUUCUGCUACUGGCAGUGUUCCAAUGGUGUUUGGCUCAUCCAUCGGUCCCUCAUCAAGUUCUAUUUUCUCAUUCACAUCAGCUUCUACAACCACUUCAGCUUCUCCUACCCCAUCAUUUCCAUUGUUUGGGGCUCCAAGUCCACCACCAGUCACAUUUGGUACAGCCUCCCCAGGUAAUAACGAUCAAAUGAACAUGGAGGAUAGCAUGGCUGAGGACACUAUACAAGCGUCUCCACCUGCAGUUCAAGCAUCAGCAUUUUCACAACCUUCUACACCACCAUCUAAUUUCACGUUUGGUUCUCCAGCUCCAUCAGCAACACCUCCCUUCUUCCAGUUUGGUACUCAACAAAAUUCCGUAGCUCCACAGACUUCUCCAUUUCAAGCAGCUGGUGGCAGUCUUGAUUUUGCAGCUGGAGGAAGUUUUUCAUUAGGCACUGGGGGUGGUGACAAGUCUAACCGGAGAUAUAUAAAAGCCAGAAGGGACAAGCCACGGAAAAAGUAGUGUUUGUGUUUCCAUCUACUUAGCUGGAGAUAACUAAUGGGGGGAUGUGACAAGGCAAUUUUAUUUAUUGAGAGGAAGGUGGCAUUUGUGCUGGUUCUUUAAUCGACCCUUAGAUUUCCUGGUAUUCUUGAUGGUAAAUUGGCCUCUUUUGAACCUGGAAAUCUGGUAGCCUGUUUACAUCCUCAUCCUUUUCCCCCUUCUUUUCUUCUGCAGUCUAUUCCGCUAGCUGUGCAGGUUUAAAUGUUCCAAUUUUGGUUUUAUCCUUGUGGCAAGAUCGAAGAAUUUUGUGCAUCUGUAUCUGAGGUUGUCAUUCUGUGUACGUUGGUCUGUGUAACAUAUAAGAAGUGUGUAUCGAUUAUGACACUUUUCUAUGCCAGCUUUUUUGUAUCCUGUCUCGUCUGCCUUUUAUCACCAGUGAUGAAAGUCUACCAUUCAGGAUGGAAUAGCAAAGCAUUUUGCCAAUGGCUUACCUGUAGUUUUAUCCCGUUUAAGUGGUUAGUAAUUGUUUAA